UGACCAAAACAAAAAUGGCGGACACAAUAACGGCCGUGAACACGCUUGAGUUUUUUGUGCAUUCCUUUUAAUUUCAGCUGACGCCUUUGCGGAUUACUUAUUUUGUGAAGAUACCGUGUAGCCAACGAAGUGUUUCCGGGCCGUAUUUUGGACGGAGAGCGAAAACGAAACCCGGAAAAUAAACGGAAGUGUCCGCCUCUUGUUUGAAACUAAACAUCCGCCGGAGUAACGCGUGUGUUUAUCAUGUUGUCUCGUCAUUUCAGCCGAGCAAAGAAGAGGAAAACAUGAAAAAUAAAAUCGGUAACGUUCAACGAAACUGACGGCGGUGUAUUAUUUCACCUGAUGCAUGUGAAGGCGACGACAGAAACAAGAUGUAGCGUCUGAGCAUCGCACCACGAACCAACAAACAAGGCAUGGACAUUAACUUGGAUACGAGCUGACCGAGAACCGAGAAGUUAAAGAUAUAUUACCAUGGGUCUGGUGAACUUUGUGAUCUCCACUGUGGGAAAAUGCCUGGAUGCGUUGUGCUUGCUGCUGGACCUGAAUUUUGUCAUCGUCCACACCGUGGUCCGGACUCUGCUGGCGGUGAUCGCCUUCAUCAACAGCCUGCCCACCCUCCUCCUCACCUCGGUGCUGGAGCUGGGAAACUUCCUCCUGUUUUGCACCAUGUCCUUAGCAGAGGCGACGUCAAACCUCGCCCAUGGUACAGUCACCAUGCUGGGGAGCUUAGUGCUGGCUCUGGAGGGGCUGCUGGAGAGUCUGAAGAUGGUGGGUUACCUGUCCAUGCACGUCCUCCUUCGCGGGAAGGAGCACCUGUGUCGAGGUCUGCUGUCGCUGCUGGAGGGCUGCGGCAUCGCCGUGAGCCUGGUGGUUUAUUUCACCAACACGGUGGUGAACUAUGCACUCAUCGGCACCCAGAACAUCUACUUGGCCGUGUCCAGCGUGUGGCAGACGGUGUCCAGUCCGCUGCAGAAGGUGCUGGAGCUCGCGCUGACUUCGUUCACCUUUCUCUACAGCACCCUGGUCGGGACCUCAGCCAUCCUGUUGUCACCUAUUAAGCUGGUUUUGGACUUCCUGGUGUCUUUGGUGCACAUGUUCAUCAGCGUCUUCAUACUGAACAUCUACGGCCUCCUGCUCACCAUCGCCAUCGCGCUGACGACCACCGCCUACCUGAACCCGGGCCUGACCCAACAGGCAGCCGCGCGUGUCGUGGAUUACGUGAACUCUUUUACUAUUCUGCGUAGAGUGUAUCUGCCCCUCCACCGCCUCGCCGCGGCCUUGCGCAACACCCCGCAUUAUGCACGCAGCAGCGUGUACCACCUGCAGAGGAUGCUGCAUCAUCUCCACAUACUUGAGAGGAGAUUGUGGCACCAGUUGUCUCAGCACAGCAGCCAGCUGGGCCUUGUGCUGCGGACAAAUUUCCACAGGGACAACAGAGCGAGAGGCGACGGCGACCCCGGAGACGAGAGGCGGGACCCGCCCGACGGGAGAGCAGGGGACGGAGCCCAGCAGGAGCUGCAGGAUUUAGUUUUCCCCUCGUCGAGCACUGACAGGCCGCUGAAGAAGCAGCCGUCUUCAGGCAAAGACGCCAAACCCCUGCCUGCUGAGAAUUUGCUGACUCUGCUGAAGGAGCAGGAGGACAGGAAGAAGUGCGUGAUCUGCCAGGACUGCACAAAGACGGUGGUGCUGCUGCCGUGCAGACACCUCUGCUUGUGUAGGGACUGUACGAACAUCCUGUUGAGGCAGCCUGUCUACCAGCAGAACUGCCCGCUCUGUCGCCACAUGAUCUUCAACACCAUGGACGUGUACGUAUGAGGGGCCGACGAAAGUGGAUCUGCGUGCGUCCGACAUCGAAUACCCUCACGGCCUAUCAGUAUCUAUACCUUCUUAAGUUUUGCCACAACUGAAAUGACAUCAUACUACUUGCGUAUUUACUAAGCCACGUCAAGUCUGGUGACGUUUUGUAUUUUAUUUGCUGUCAACACAUUUCUAAAAUCACAGCGCUCCUUUAACUCAUACAUAUGUAGUUUGCAUUUCAUUGGUUAUGGGUUAAUUGGGAUUUGUGGACUUUGCUUAGCAGGAAAAUUGAGAAUAUCACCAGACUUGUGUGCUUUCAGGUUUUAAGGAGCUGUAGAGAAAUACUAAAGAAGACAAAUGCUGUGUCCCAAUUCCAUACUAUACACUAACUGUAUAUAUACCUGGUUUAUGCUUCCACCAUAUGUCAAGCUGCAACUCUAAAAUACCACAGCUACAAACAUUUUGCAAGACAGACAUUGACUGAGAGCAGCCAUGAGCUGCUUCAUUUGUGCUUUGCAUUGUGGAAUAAUAGUGUCAGCAGUACAUGACACCGCAUACUGACAUCUUUGCUUAGAAUUAGUCUGUUGUAUGGAUUUGGCUCACGGCUGCAGUCUCCGAUCUAGCACUAACACGCACCUAUUUAAAUGUCCUGGUGUCGCCACGUCAUGUCUCAGGGCUCGUAGGCACGCUAACCUGCCCUCCCUGAUGCUGAAGUGUUUACCACCGCUAAUGUCUUAAACUAUCGUGCUUUCAGUGGCCCAAGCUGUGACGGAAGAAGGCUAACACUGUGCUUUUCUGCACGAGUACAUACGAGAUUCCGCACGCGCUGUUAUUUAUGAAUGGUGUAGACCACUUUAAUUUGUGCUGUUACUUUUAACAUAGGCCUGUGUAAGCAGUUAAAGGGUUUUCUAAAGGGGAUAUAAUUUUCCAGUCAGGCCUCAUAAAAUGCAGCUUUAUUCCAUUUAGUUGUUCUAUUGAUAGUGAUGGGGCGUCUUUCCAGUCUUCCACCAGAGGUGUGUUACUGUCACCGACGACAAAUAAUCCAUAAAAGGUUUCCCCUUUCUUUUGACGAUGUAAUAAAAUGUAUUUUUGUUCUGUAAAAGGACCAUAAACUAAUAAGGCUUUAUAAUUUAGCGGCCGUUUCUUUUGUUUUUGCUAUAUAAGCUGAAUAUUGAUCCAUGUUUAAAGUUUACAUAAUUUUGACACACUUAUUGCGUUGUUAUUGAUGGUGGAUGACGUGGAGUUAGAUUUUUGGAAAGAAGAAAGUGCCAUCAAUUGUAUGACCACAUGUGCUUUUUUUAAAAAAGCUUCUUUUUUUUUCUUUAAUUAAUUUGUACGAUUUGAAAAAAAAAAGGAAAUAUUUCUGUAUAAUUCCUGAGUGGGUUGACAUUGAUGAGAUACCGUUCUGUUAUUCUAAUACAUACUGUAUUACACAGAUAUCAUUAAUGGAAAGCGCUGUGAUUGUCAGCUUUCGACGAGGUUGUAAAUGAUUCCUAGAGACUGCAGAGACUCCUCUCAGGUAUUUCUAAAAUGUCAUUCCCGACUAAAGACUGCAGUGGACUGAAAACGGCUCACGUGACCAUCACCUGUUGCUACUUGCAGUGUGUGUGUGACCUGCGUGAACAGUGUGGAGCAGUGUGAUUCAAAGACAUGAAUGUAACUUGUGUUUUUUUUUUUGUUUUGUUUUGUUUUGUUUUUUUAAAUGCGAUGGCUGCCAUGUCACUGGCAAGUCUUGUGUUCCUAAUAAAACAACAACAAUCACUGAA